UGUUGCAAGUUGCACAUGUUCUUGCGUGUACUCGCUAGCCUCGUAUUCGCAGCUCAGUUGAACAGUAUCAGUUGGUUUCCAGGUCUUCGUUACACAACUGUUUCCUCUUUUUUUCUGCUAAAUUUAAACAUUGCAAUACUUCUAACCAAGAUGCACCGUAUGAACAGUGUUUUGCCAUUGGCUGCCCGUCAGCUCACAUCCAAGAACUUGACACCGGCUUUAUCCCGCGGUUAUGCUAAAGACAUCAAAUUUGGACCCGAAGCCAGGGCGGCGAUGUUGCAAGGUGUUGAUCUUCUUACAGAUGCAGUUGCAGUAACAAUGGGACCAAAGGGCCGAAACGUCAUCAUUGAACAAAGCUGGGGUGCACCAAAGAUCACCAAAGAUGGUGUAACCGUUGCAAAAUCAAUAGACCUGAAAGAUAAGCUGCAAAACACAGGUGCACGCCUUGUUCAAGAUGUUGCCAAUAGCACAAAUGAAGAAGCAGGAGAUGGUACCACGACAGCUACAGUACUUGCACGUGCAAUUGCCAAAGAAGGCUUCGAGAAAAUCAGCAGAGGAGCAAAUCCUGUUGAGAUCCGUCGCGGAGUCAUGCUCGCUGUCGACGCAAUUGUAAGUGCUUUGAAGAAAGUGUCAAAGCCAGUAACUACACCAGAAGAAAUUGCCCAGGUUGCAACAAUAUCAGCCAAUGGGGACAAAGAGAUUGGUGACCUGAUUUCAAAGGCCAUGAAGGCUGUAGGUCGUGAUGGUGUAUUGACGGUAAAAGAUGGCAAAACAUUGGAAGAUGAACUUGAAAUUAUAGAGGGAAUGAAGUUUGACAGAGGAUACAUUUCGCCAUAUUUCAUAAACACAAGCAAAGGACAAAAAGUUGAAUAUCAAGACGCCCUGCUGUUGUUAUCGGAGAAGAAAAUCUCCGGUAUUCAACAGAUUGUGCCAGCCCUAGAACUGGCCAAUCAGCAUCGAAAACCACUAAUUAUUGUCAGUGAGGAUGUUGAUGGAGAGGCACUGAGCACACUAGUCUUGAACAGGUUAAAGGUUGGUCUUCAGGUGUGUGCUGUCAAGGCACCAGGCUUUGGGGACAACAGGAAGAACCAACUGCAAGAUAUGGCCAUUGCCACUGGAGGAAUGGUGUUUGGUGAUGAAGCUGUAGAUACUAAGCUGGAGGAAAUACAAUUACAAGAUUUUGGAACAGUUGGUGAAAUUGCCAUCACCAAAGAUGAUACCUUGAUAUUGAAGGGAGGUGGAGAUAAAGCAGCUAUUGAAAACAGGAUUGAGGUGAUCAGAGAGCAAAUUGGAGAAACCAACUCUGAAUAUGAAAAGGAGAAGUUAAGUGAAAGACUUGCCAAGCUUUCUGAUGGGGUUGCUGUAUUGAAGGUUGGAGGAUCAAGUGAACUUGAGGUAAAUGAAAAAAAAGACCGCGUGAAUGAUGCCCUUUGCGCCACCAGAGCUGCCGUAGAGGAAGGCAUUGUACCCGGCGGUGGUACUGCCCUCUUGAGGUGUUUGAAGGUGCUAGACACAUUAGAAAUUGCUAAUAAUGAUCAGAAAACAGGUGUGGACAUUGUCCGUCGGGCUUUAAGAAUUCCUUGUCAAACAAUUGCACAGAACGCUGGUGUUGAGGGACAACUUGUGGUAGAGAAGAUACUUAAUUCACCUGAUGAAAUUGGAUAUGAUGCACUGAAUGAUGAAUAUGUCGGCAUGGUCCAAUCAGGAAUCAUUGAUCCCACAAAGGUUGUUAGAACAGCUCUUGUUGACGCUGCCAGUGUAGCAUCCCUCCUAUCAACGGCAGAGGCUGUAGUGACGGAGAUACCCAAAGAAGAGAAGGACAUGCCCCCUAUGGGAGGCAUGGGUGGAAUGGGUGGUAUACCUCAAUAA